UUUACUGGAGUGAUAUUUGUCGAUGAGGCAACGAAAGAAAAAGCGGCAUUUAACAAGAGUGGUCCAGCUGUUACUUUUUCUGGUAAUUAUAAUAAGAAGGCUGAUGUAUUUCGCUUGUGGACCGCACAAGGUGUUGCUUCAACAGAUUACAAAUAUCAAAUGUUAAUUUGCGACACGGAUUUCUAUAAGGGCCUCCAUUUCUCUGGGUAUAUUGAUGGCUGCUUCAAGGAAUGUGAUGUCUGGUGUAAUGACAAUAAUUCUCCAUACUUUCGCACAUCUCCUGUCUCGUACCCGGAUUACCAAGGUGUUGCUUUCAACGAAAAUGGUCACAGGAUGUUGUCAAACCGUCUGAUAAGUGCAGGAAUUCGUUAA